AGGGGGUGGGUCCAGGCAGAGGAGCCGGAGCUGAGGCCGGCCAUCCAAUGGGAAAGAUGCGAGGAUGGAAGAAAUGGGGACGCCCCGGCCAGAGGGGCCCUGCUGGAGGUGGGGGGUGGACCUAAGGGAAUGAAGCCGGGUGGCGGGGUCUGGGUGACAGCCAGGUAACGGAGUAGAAGGGUGCCUGCUGUCCCUCCCAGGUUCCGUCCCCAGCCCCGCCUUCCCCGUCUCCUUCUUAAGCAGCUCCCGCCCUAGCCCCGGCUCCCGCCACUGCUGGCCGCGGUCGGUCGCCUCCCCCGUGCCCCCCGCCCCCUCCAUCUCUGCUCCCCGGCUCGGGCUCCCAGCGCCCCAGCAGCCCCGGCUUCGUGUUCUGCGUGCGCUCCGGUCAGGUCCCAUGGCCUCUCUGUAUCGCCCCUGUCUGCGGCUGGGUUGGCAUGGUUUAAACCCCUGGGGUUAUGCUUCAAAUCGUGGCAACCAUGCAUUUCGAAUAAUCAGUGGAGAUUUGAGUCAGCUUCCAGAUAAGGUGAGGGACUUUGUGGAACGAAGUGCCCGCCUAUGCCAACCAGAAGGCAUCCAUAUCUGUGAUGGCAGUGAGUCAGAGAAUGAUGCCAUACUGGCCCUGCUGGAACGUGAAGGCCUUGUCCGAAAACUCUCCAAGUAUGACAAUUGUUGGCUGGCUCGAACCGAUCCCAAGGAUGUGGCCCGAGUAGAAAGCAAGACAGUGAUUGUAACAGAGUCUCAGAGGGACACAGUGCCCAUCCCAGCUGAUGGAGCCCACGGACAACUGGGCAACUGGAUGUCACCAGCCCAGUUUCAGAAAGCUCUGGAUGAGAGGUUUCCUGGCUGCAUGCAGGGCCGAACCAUGUAUGUACUUCCAUUCAGCAUGGGCCCCAUUGGGUCCCCCCUAUCUCGUGUGGGUAUUCAACUCACUGAUUCUCCAUAUGUGGUAGCCAGUAUGCGAAUCAUGACCCGACUUGGGAAGCCUGUGCUUCAGGCCCUAGGGGAUAAUGACUUCGUCAAGUGUCUUCACUCUGUGGGCCAACCUUUGCCCCUGGAAGGGGAGCUGGUGAACCAGUGGCCGUGCAACCCUGAGAAAACCCUGAUUGGUCACGUGCCUGACCAGCGGGAGAUCAUCUCCUUUGGCAGCGGCUAUGGUGGCAAUUCCCUGCUGGGCAAGAAGUGUUUCGCCCUUCGCAUCGCUUCCCGGCUCGCCAGAGAUGAGGGCUGGCUAGCUGAGCACAUGCUGAUCCUGGGCAUCACAAAUCCUGCUGGGAAGAAACGAUACGUAUCAGCUGCCUUCCCUAGUGCCUGUGGCAAGACUAACCUUGCCAUGAUGCAGCCCACACUGCCUGGCUGGAAAGUGGAAUGUGUAGGUGACGACAUUGCCUGGAUGAAGUUUGACAGUGACGGCCGCCUUCGAGCUAUCAACCCUGAAAAUGGCUUUUUUGGUGUGGCACCUGGAACUUCUGCAAAGACAAAUCCCAAUGCUAUGGCCACAAUCCAAAGCAACACACUCUUCACCAAUGUGGCUGAGACUAGUGAUGGUGGCAUAUACUGGGAAGGCAUUGACCAGACCCUCCCACCUGGUGUCACUGUCACUUCAUGGUUGGGCAAGGCCUGGAAACCAGGUGACAAGGAGCCCUGCGCACAUCCCAACUCACGAUUCUGUGUCCCGGCCCGCCAGUGCCCCAUCAUGGACCCUGCGUGGGAAGCCUCUGAGGGUGUACCCAUCGAUGCCAUUAUCUUUGGAGGACGACGACCCAAAGGAGUACCUCUAGUAUAUGAAGCCUUCAACUGGCGCCAUGGUGUCUUUGUGGGCAGCGCCAUGCGCUCUGAGUCCACUGCUGCAGCCGAACACAAAGGGAAGACCAUUAUGCACGAUCCAUUUGCCAUGCGGCCCUUCUUUGGCUACAACUUUGGGCGUUAUUUGGAGCACUGGCUGAGCAUGGAGGGGCGGCAGGGCGUCCAGCUUCCUCGGAUCUUCCAUGUCAACUGGUUCCGGCGUGAUGCAGCAGGCCGAUUCCUAUGGCCAGGCUUUGGGGAGAAUUCUCGUGUGCUGGACUGGAUCUGCCGAAGGCUGGAGGGUGAGGACAGUGCCCAAAAGACACCAGUGGGGCUAGUGCCAAAGGAAGGGGCACUAAAUCUGAGUGGUUUGGGGUCUGUGGACUUCUCCGAGCUGUUUUCAUUGCCUAAAGAAUUCUGGGAGCAGGAGGUCCGUGAAAUACAAUGCUAUCUGAGGGAGCAGGUCAACCAGGACCUGCCCCGGGAGGUAUUAGCUGAGUUAGAGGCGUUGGAGGGGAGAAUACAAAAAAUGUAAUCUGGGAACACAGGGCAAAGAUACAUACGCAGAGCAAGAGAGGUUGUGCUACCUACCUCCUUUCAGCAGAACUACAGAGGGAGUUGCAAAAAACAAGAGCAACUUUGAUUUGACUAACACCUUUUAUAGAGGCCACAAACCAGGAUGUGGUUGUUAUACACACUGUCUAAGCUGUUGUUUCAACAGUAAUUAUCAUUUAUUUUGCAUAAAAUUUGUAUUGCUUUCAUUAACUAUCAA